UGAUUGGCUACGCAGAUUUUGACUUGCUUGUCGCUAAUCUCGUGAUUGGCUGUGCGAUGUUGAGUCGCUCGCAACAGCCGCUCCCCCGAUUGGCUCUUAAUAAGAGAAAGAGAUUAAAGAAAUAAAGACGUAAAGAAGAUAAAAGAUAAAGACUCGCCAUUUUUUCCUCUUUUCUCGACGACGUGUCCGCCAUUAUGGUCUAAAAAAAAGCCAUUAGCUAAUCUUCAUCUCAGCAUUCACAAAUCAAGUGGGAAAAUGUCCGCGAGACCGGAGGAACUUUGUGGAGUGAAAGAGGAGCCCCCACGUCACCGACACUCGACUGUGUGUAAACUAAUGCACGCUAAGGUUCUUCUUCACAGACUAGAAGAUCUAGAUGUCAGUCAAGCCCAUUAUCCUGAGCACCCGGAGUCUGCAUGCAUCAAGGACGAGGAGGAAGAGUCGCCAUCCAUUAAGGAAGAAAAAGAGUUCAUACACAUCAAAGGUUUCAGAAAAUAUCUUGGUGCUAAGCGGCAGGAGGCAGCAUGUUCCAGCGUAAAAGAGGAUGUUGAGCUCCCCCAAAUCACAGAGGAGGAGGAUCCAAAGCCCUGUCAACACAAGCAACUUCCAAACAAAAAGGAGGAAGAAGAGCUGCCAUACAUUAAAGAUGAGGAAGAAGAGGAGCAUAUCACCAGGUCAAAUGGUGAGCCCUUGAAGAGUGAAGAUGGUUCAAGUCAGGCCGGCAGAGGGGCGGAGCCUCCAGGCGGCAGCAGCUCAACAGAAGGAUUGCAAGCAGACAUUUUCAUCGCUCCAUCAGACAGAAAUGCCACCACAUCACACUCACCUUACAAUGACGAUUGUCAUAAGAAAUCUCACCGUGACGACAAACUCUGCAAAUGCUCUCAGUGUGGGAAAACCUUUGCUAAUAAGUAUACUUGUCAGACGCAUAUGAGGAUACACACUGGUGAAAAACCUUUUGUCUGCUCAGUUUGUGGUCAAAGAUUCAUUCAAAAAAUUAGCUUGAAAAUACACUCUAACACCCACACUGGUGAAAAACAUUUUUCCUGUUCAGUUUGUGGUCAAAGAUUUGCUCGAAAGCAAUACUUUAAAGAACACAUAAGAACCCACACUGGCAAAAAACCUUUUUCAUGCUCAGUUUGUGGUCGAAGAUUCUCUAAAAAGCAAAACUUACAAAGUCACGAAAAAACCCACACUGGCGAAAAACCUUUUCCUUGCUCAGUUUGUGGUCAAGGAUUCAGUUUCAAGAGCUACUUAAAAAUACACACAAGAAUCCACACUGGCGAAAAACCUUUUUCCUGCUCAGUUUGUGGUCAAGGAUUCAGUCACAAGAGCUCCUUAAAAAGACACACAAGAAUCCACACUGGCGAAAAACCUUUUUCCUGCUCAGUUUGUGGUCAAGGAUUCAGUGUCAAGAGCUCCUUAAAAAGACACACAAGAAUCCACACUGGCGAAAAACCUUUUUCCUGCUCAGUUUGUGGUCAAGGAUUCAGUCACAAGAGCUCCUUAAAAAGACACACAAGAAUCCACACUGGCGAAAAACCUUUUCCUGCUCAGUUUGUGGUCAAGGAUUCUGUCAAAAGCAACACUUAAAAGAUCAUGAAAAAACCCACACUGGCGAAAAACCUUUUGCCUGCUCAGUUUGCGGUCAAGGAUUCAGUGUCAAGAGCUCCUUAAAAAGACACACAAGAAUCCACACUGGCGAAAAACUUUUUCCUGCUCAGUUUG